AUGGCCUGGGCAUCAUCGCGUCCAUGCUCCACCUGGUCAGAGACUGACACACCAAAGAGCUCUGAAGGUGACGCCUUCCUCAAAACGCUGACAGAGACUGAAUUCGGCUUCUAUGGUAAGUACGUGAGCCGGUUUCCUGGUGGAAUCUAUUCUCUCAAUCAGAAUCCAGAUGUCACCUGUAUCCAGAGCGUGGGACAGGUUAUGCCGACUCUGAUCAGCAGCUGUAGCAUCCUUUUCUCAGCGUUGCAUCAGCGCUUGCUGACGCAGCGUGAGUUGCUGGUCGCUCAAGGUUUUCCUACCCAGGAAGAAUGGACUCAUGGCGUUCAAUGUUCAUCAUUCUCUCGCUUGUCCGAAUGGCCAUCACAUAGCGCACUUGGCAAGAUGGCUGGUAAUUCAAUUCACACAAAUGUUUCCAGUGUGUUGAUUCUGUCUUUCUCAAGUUUGAAUCGACCCACAUGUGGCAAAACUUUUGGCCAAGCAUUGUAG